AUGUCUCACAAGCCCAGCAAGCCUAAAGGGAAGGGAACAAGUUCACUUGCACCAGCACCCUCUAUUGCUAAGACCAGUGCACAAAGGAAACCAACUAAGUCCAAAGCGCAGGUGGCAGAAGACCAAUACGAAGAAUUCCUCAAGUAUCAAGCACAGAAGAAAAAGGAAGCUGAUUUAAAGCAUGUCCGGAAGAAAGCUGACGAUAUGUUAGAUGAAGAGAGUGACUUGGACCAGGCAUUGUUGCGUACAACAACUGUGGUUCCAGAUGACAGUGACAUGGAACAUAUAGAUGACGCUGAUCCUGCAGACAUUUUACCACCAGUUCUUCCUCCUAAAGAGAAGGUAUCUACACCUAGUUCUGAUUCUAGUGAUGAAGAUGGGGGAAAUGAGGGUAGUGGUGAUGAGGGCGGCAAUGAUGGUGAUGAAGAUGUAUCUGUGGAGGGCACAGGCGUUACAAGGAGAACCAAUGGGCUUACUCAGGUCAAGGAGGAGCCUCAGGAAGAUAAUGGAGAACGUGUUCGUAGGAAGAGAGUUCAUAAUGGUGAAGCGAAACUACCUACGACUUUGGCUUCCUUGAAGAAGGACGGCUGUAGACCCUUAGUUGAUCUUGCUCACCAGCUACUUUGCAUCAAGAUUGCAUUGGUGAGCGCCUUUCCAGGGCCUUCAGUGGAUGUGCAGGACUCCUUUGCAUGGGACUGCAUCAAGGAAGCGGUCAAGAUUCCAGACUCUCCCCUGAAGCCAAUGUUUGACGCAAUUAGUCAAGAUCCUGUUCUUAAGAAUAGAGCACUGGCUUAUGUGUGGUCCGGUGCUAGUCAGUUGAGAGGGGAGCUGGUUAGAAAGGCAAGAGAGAAUGUGAUUUUUCUAUUGCAGCAAAUGAAACCUAGGGAUAUUGCAGACAUAGCUUCCUGGCUGGUCUCUGUUAAAAAGGAUCCUUUUCUGUGCGGUGAACUGGAUCUCAAGAACAAGACCUUCAAUAAGAAUCUCCCAUUCCGUGCUGCAAUCUUGCGUCAGCUGCUCAUCAGUCAAUUUUUUCAAGGAGCGAUUUCAGAAGGUCUGCUGUACAAAGACGAGUUUGAAAAACUUCCUGAUAAUCUUAUUGCACUGAUUGCUGCAGCUGCUGAAUGUGGAUUCAAGGGUAUGCUCACAGGAUCUCUGGUCUUCAUAGAAUUCAAAGAGCCAGUCUUUCAACCAAGACACCAGUACUAUAUGCUGAAGCUUGCUGAAUAUCGCCAGAAAUCUCCCUUGUAUAUGGAAAAACUAAGGCGUGAUCUGUGGACUGAGGUUGGGGAGGCUUGUUGCUUUGUAACUAGAGAGGAUGCAGAUUCUGGUUCUGAAUUGGAUUUUGAUGCCAUGGAGGCGUCUGCUAGAGUAGAAACCAAUGCUCCUAGUACUACUUCUGAUGUCCCAAACCCAUAA